AUGCAUGAACUUGAUUAUGAUAUGGAUGAUGAUGAUCUUCAAUUUCUUGAAGAAUUAAAUCAACAAAUGAAAACUGAUCAAGAACGAAUAAUAACUGAAGAAGAAUUUGAAAAUGCAAUCAUUAUUUUAGAAUAUUAUACAGCUGAAAAAAUUCGUUCAUAUCUUAAACAAAAAUCAUGUGAAGAUGAAGAUAUUGUAUGUGAUAUAUGUUUAUUACCAGAUGCUGAUGAUGGAAAUGAAAUGGUUUUUUGUGAACGUUGUAAUGCAUGUGUACAUCAAAAUUGUUAUGGAAUAACAGUUGUACCUAAUGGUACAUGGCUUUGUAAAUCAUGUUCAAUUUUAAGACGACCUGCUUGUCUACUUUGUCCAAAACUUGGUGGUCCAAUGAAAUGUACACCAAGUGGAACAAUUUGGUGUCAUUUAACAUGUGCACUUUGGUUACCAGAAUUAAAAUUUGCUGAUUAUGUAAAAAUGGAACCAAUAUUAAAUUUAGAUAAAAUUCCACAUGCACGUUGGACUCUUCGUUGUGUUGUUUGUUCAACAUCAGAAGGUGCUUGUGUACAAUGUGCACAUAAAAAUUGUCGUACACCAUUUCAUGUCACUUGUGGUCUUUCAGCUGGUUAUUUUCUUGAUGUUCAACAAACAUCAUCUGAUAGAACAACAUCAUCACGUUCACAAUUUAAUGUUUAUUGUCUUAAACAUUCUCAAGAAGCACGACAACGUUCUGAACCUGAUUCAUCAAUAAUAUCAUUAUCAAAUCAAAAUACUGAAGAUGAUUCUUCAUAUUUAUCUUCAAUAAUACCAUUAACAGUUUAUCAUCGUCAAAAACUUAAACUAGAUGAAUGGUUAUUAAAAUCUUACGAAAAUUUUCAUAUAUUUAUUUCAUCUUCACAUUUAAAUGAUGAAUGUCCACAAGAUUAUAAUGAAUAUAUAUCAAGAACAAUUUAUAAUUAUUGGAAAGAAAAAAGAAUUAUAAAUAAAAAUCUUCCUUUAAUUAAACGUAUUGAUAAUGUACUUGAACAACGUGAAAAUGCUGAAUUACUUAUUGCACAAAUAAAUAAUUGUCUAAAAAUACGAAAUAAAAUUCGUCAGCUUCAAAAUUAUUGUAAAUCAAGAUUAUAUAUUCCAACUUCAACACUUAAUCAACGUCUUGAAAAUUUAAAAUCAUUAUUUUCAAAUAAAAUUCAACAUAACAAAACUUCUAAUUAUUAUAAAUUAAUUGAAGAUUCUAAAUAUUGUAUUGUUGGAUUAGAAACAACAUAUCGUGAUGGUUUAGAAUUAAAUACAACAUAUCUUGUUGGAAAAACAUUAGAUGGAGAAACUAUAUUAUUACCAAAACAACUUAUGGAACAAGCUAAUGUUAUAACAAUAAAUGAAAAUAAUAUUAUAGAAGACGAACAAAUAGAUGAAAAAAAUUCGGAUAUAUCGAAUGAAAAUGAAGAUAAUGAUAAACAAACAUCAGUACAAGAAAUUCUAAAAACAUCAUAUGUAUCUGAAGGAAAUGUUGUUCGAUGUGUUACAGGAUCUUUUGAUUAA